AUGGCCGGAUACGAUAGGCAUCUAUCGAUGAGAGAACAGAGGAGAGACGGGCACCACGAAUACGAUACAAUAGAGCAAAAGGCGAGCAAAAGAGGCGCCUAUCACCAGAAAUCCAGACAUCCGCCACGUCGCAAGGAGCAGAAUAGAUCGGACGGAGGCCGUGUUGAUUCGUAUCAUCGACCUUCUUCGCUCCAUCGAACCGACCAGGGACGAGGUGGAGGGAGAAGAACCGCGUCCCCAUCCCCACACGACGAUUCUGCUGCUCAAGAACAGCGCAAGUCUUGCCCAGAGCAACAGGUAAGGGUCCGACAAGAUGAAGAGGCACAUUCACGUUCACGGUUGGAGGAAUACAAGCGACUGAGGAGUGCUUCACCACCCUUUUUGCGUCGCCGCCACUCUUCCGUUAGCAGACGACAAGCCCGUGGUAGUGAUGACUAUGCCGUGAAGCAUGGGAAACUUCGAGAGCACAGCAAUUUUCCAGAGAGAAAUCACCUUUUAGACAAGGAGAAUCGACACGCUAACGAUUUUAUUGAAGAUUUUGCUGGGACGAGCUCUAGAUCACAUCCCCCGUCCGACAAGCAGAGUCACCUUACCGCUUCCCCAAGACCUUUUGCUCCCCCAUUCCCUCGCAAUAUAGAACCCCAUUCCCGACCAGCGUCACGGUACCCGCUUACUUCUAGAGCCUCGCAUCACCGUUCCCCUUCUGCCUCCUCCUUUCGCCCCCUAGAACCCGUUUCGAGCGACUCUUCAAAGCCCGGUUGUUCUCCUUUACCGAUCGCAAGCGUGUGUAAAGACAGCAGCAGACAGAGAACCAAUAACGACGAACACAUGCGUGACACAUAUCCUGUACAUGGUGUAAGGCCGGCAGAAGCCCGGUCUUCACGACGGCCGUCACAUCCGUCUGUUGAUACUCGUCAGCCAUACACCACAUCACCACAGUAUGUAACUCCUACCAGCUCCAGACACGAAUCUCCGCAGUCUGCCUCCCCUUAUAGUGGUGGUGGGCGCGGCUCGUGGUCCGCACAGCAACAAUCACAGCCCUACCAUGGACAGUCGAGGCAAAUGCACGGCUACUCCCCACCAUAUAGACAAUCCAGCUAUCCGCCUCAAAGUGCACCACCGAGCCAAUAUUAUCAAGGUCAACCACCCAGCUCAGGGCAUCUUCCACCUGGCUAUUCCGCUCAGGCCUAUAGAGGAAGUAGCUCAUCAUAUCGUGGCUCACGCACUAGGGGCUCGCAUUUGGAUGCUGUACAAUGGACUAGUCGUGGCCGUGGCACCUCCCACCAGCACCCACCGCCUCUUCCAAUGCAAAUACCCUCUGAAGAGCAGAUGUCUCUCGAUACUGAUGAAGAGGACAACCCUUUUCGGCCAUCGAAAGACCUUCAGGUGGAGGAUCAAGGGGCGGCAGGCGAUCUAGAACGCCCUGAACCUCCUCCUUCUAAACGUCAGCCUACCAGCACCACUUCACAACCAAAGGAAUCUGGGAAAUUCAGCUUUGCAUUCAAAACAAAACCUACCCCUUCUCAAGCUCCAAAACCGAUUCCUGACCUAACGCAUAAAAUGCGUGAACCUCCUCGGCCUUUGGAACUCCCAAAAACAAAGUCCCAGUCCGUGACCUCUAAAUUGAAACACGAAACCCGCUCUGAUCGUCGGGAUGACCGUCGAGACCCCCGUCGUGCAGAGCGUCGGUUUGACGCUUGGGAUGAAAGGCGGCGGGAACGACGAGACGACCGACGAGAGUCUCGGCCUGAAAAACGAAAAGACCGUACGACUGAGCGCUCUAAGCCUAAGAAGAAGAUACUCACUCGUAUGAAGCCCAGGCCAACUCUUUCUGAGGAGUUUUCACGUGCAGACUCUGUAUAUUACCGCAAACCCGGAAACGAGUCUGUGGUGGGAGCUGGUACUUACGGCAAAGUUUUCAAGGCCGUACAUGUUUUUACAAAGAACAUGGUUGCCUUGAAACGAAUACGCAUGGAGGGGGAGAAGGAUGGUUUUCCUAUCACUGCUGUUCGAGAAAUAAGGCUCCUCCAACAUCUGCAUCAUCAGAAUGUGGUAAGCCUACAGGAGGUAAUGGUGGAAAAAAACGAGUGCUUUAUGGUGUUCGAAUAUCUUUCCCACGACCUUACUGGUCUCAUCAACCACCCUACCUUCGUACUUUCAGCUGCACACAAGAAACAUCUUGCGAAACAAAUGUUUGAAGGAUUGAACUACCUACACCACCGCGGAGUACUUCAUCGAGAUAUCAAGGCAGCAAACAUUCUCAUCAGCAAUCAAGGCCAACUCAAAUUUGCAGAUUUUGGACUUGCUAGGUUCUUUUCUAAGUCACGACAACUCGACUAUACCAACCGAGUUAUCACAAUAUGGUAUAGGCCCCCAGAGCUCCUCCUCGGAGAGACUCGAUACGGCCCUGCGGUCGACAUUUGGAGUGCUGCUUGCGUUUACAUGGAGAUGUUUACCAAGAAGGCCAUUUUCCCUGGAGAUGGCAGUGAGCUCAAUCAAAUAGAUAAACUCUACAACUCUCUUGGAACCCCUACAAGAGCCGACUGGCCAGAUAUUAUUGAUAUGCCCUGGUUUGAACUCAUGCGUCCCGCUGAGAGAAAGAAGAGGGCGUUCGAGGAUUUAUAUCGGGAUUGUUUAUCUCCCGCUGCCCUUGACCUUGUUGCCAGCAUAUUUCAGUAUGAUGCUAGUAAACGACCGUCUGCAGAGGAAAUUCUUGCCCACCCUUACUUUGUGUCCGAAGAGCCCAAGCCACAGCAAGCUAUGGAACUCGCAGACGUAGAAGGUGAUUGGCAUGAGUUCGAAUCCAAAGCUCACCGGAAAGAGAAGGAUAAAGAAGCUCGCCGUGCAGAACAACGAGAAAGAGAAAAGCGAAAAAUAGCUGGCUCUACCGAACUAAGUGAGGAUAGGGAAUCCAAACGCACAAGGCUCGACGACAGUGCACCAACCUCGCAGGGCGCAGAGACAGAAAACUAA